AUGUUUUCACCUGCUGUCGUAAUAAGUACGGAUGGAAAAUUAAUCACCAUCAAGUUGGAAUCGGGUGGUUAGAUUCAAUGCAAACCAACGCAAGUGUUAGAAAGGGCAGAUCCAACCAUUUUGGGAAACAAGGGCUUUGAUGAUAUGGUAAAUAUGGAAAUCCUCAAUGAUGCAGAAUUACUCAAUAAUCUAAUCUAUAGAUUUGGGAAGGAUAUCAUAUUUACAUAUGUAGGACCUACGUUACUAGUCAUAAACCCAUUUAAAUAGAUUCAUGGUUUGAUGAGUGCAGAUAUAAGAAAUUAAUACAUCGAUGAUAUCGUUAAAAAGAAUCGACCAAUCAAGGAUUUACCUCCACAUGUCUAUGCUAUAGCAGCAUAAGCAUACAGACAAUUAUUUGAGAAUGAAAAGAAUUAGGCAAUAGUUAUAUCAGGAGAGAGUGGAGCUGGAAAAACUGAGAAUGCCAAAUUUUCUAUGAAUUUACUAACAUCAAUUGCUUCAGAUGGUUCUUCGAAAGAUAAAAUAGAGGAUCAAAUUUUAGGAUGCAAUCCCAUAUUAGAAGCUUUUGGUAAUGCCAAAACUGUGAGGAACAAUAAUUCUUCAAGGUUUGGAAAGUACGUCAGAAUUAUUGUUGAUGGCAAGACUAGAUAAAUUAAGGGGGCUGAAAUUAUUAAUUACUUGAUGGAGAAGUCAAGAAUUAAUCAAUAGGGUAAAAAUGAAAGAAAUUUUCAUAUCUUUUAUUUCUUUUUACAGGGAUUACCCUAAGAAUUAUUGAAUAAGUUUGGAGUAACCAUGAAAAUGGAGGAGUUUAAUUAUCUAAACUCAUCUAAAACCUAUACUAUUCCGAAUGUUGACGAUGCUGAAAUGUUCAAAGAAAUCGAAUAAAGCUUUUCCAUUUUAGGAAUGCAGUCUGAUUUUGAAAAUAUAGUCUAAGCAGUUCUUGCAGUACUACAUUUAGGGAAUCUAGAAUUUGACAAUAGUACUCUAACAGAUACUUAGCCAGCCUCAGUUAAUGAAAGCUUAGCAGAGCGAUUACUAGAAUUAUCGACUUAGCAACUAUCUUAGGCCUUGACUCUUAAAUCAAGAGUAAUCAACAAAUAAACCAUAUUGUCGCCAUUGACACUAGAUGAAUGUUAAUUUACAAGAGAUUCCUUGGCCAAGGAUAUUUAUGAUAGAUUAUUUAAUUGGUUAGUUAUUCAAUUAAAUAAAGUCUUAAAACCUAAGGUGGAGUCUAAGAUCUCUGUGGGGUUACUCGAUAUAUAUGGGUUUGAAGUUUUUGAUAAAAAUGGAUUUGAAUAGAUCAUGAUAAAUUAUACGAAUGAAAAGUUACAUUAACUUUAUAUUCAAUAUGUGUUCAAAGAGGAAGAGAAAAUUUUCAUUGAGGAAGGAUUAAAGGACUAUUUGGGAUAAUUAGAAUUUUAAGAUAAUGCUAAUGUAAUUGAAUUAAUUGACAAAUAACCAGGAGGAAUAUUCAGUAUUUUGGAUGAAUCAUGUUCUGUAAAAUCGUCAGAUGAUGGAUUUCUAUAAAAAAUAAGGACUGUUCAUAAAGCGAAUCCAUUAGUUAAGACACCCAAGAUGCCAAGUGAUCCUGCUUUUAUAUUGGUGCAUACAGCAAAGGAUGUUUGUUACACUGUGACAGGAUUUAGAGAAAAAAACAAAGAUGAAAUGGGUGCCUAAACUAUAUAAUUAAUUAGUCAAACUAAAAAUCCACUCUUAAAGUAAUUGUAUACUAUGGAAGGAAUGAAAGAAAAGUGUAUUUCAUAGAAGAUAAAAAAGGAAAUGAUUGAAUUGAUGACUGAAUUGCACUAAUGUGAUGUUCACUUUAUUCGAUGCAUCAAACCAAAUGAAAGUAAAUAGCCUAAUCAAGUAUUUUCUGAAAUGACUCUUAAAUAAAUCAGAUAUCUUGGUGUUUUAGAUUCCUUAAAAGUCAGAAAAGAAUCUUAUAGUAUAAGAAGACCAUACUAAUUUUUUUAUAAAAAAUAUGCAGAUAUGACAAGAAACGAAAUUUACAGCAAAUUAAUAAAGAAACCAGAUCUUAAUUUUAGACAGCUAGUUUUAGAUAUGUUUAAACAACACAUGCCUCAUAUUGAUUCAAAAUAAGUGCUAUUUGGAAGGACAAAGAUAUUUAUUCGUACUUCAGGAUUAUAAAUGAUCGAAGAUUCAUAUAAUAAAAUUGUGACUCUCAAACAUUAAAGAGCAGCUAAGUUGCAAAGAUCAUAUAAAAUUUAUAAGAUGAAUCAACAUCUGAAAAAGAUGAUGAGAAUUGCUAUGACUCUUCGUACUUUAGCAUAAAGAAUUCGUUUUAAGGUGUUAGUUAGAAAAAGAGUAAAGGCAGCAUCAGUCAUUUAAGCAUGGUAUAAAAAAUUGCAUGAAAGAAGAUUGCAAUAGAAAUAUGAAAAGUCUGCAAUAUACUUGAAAUUGUACUUUGAAAGAUAUAAUGUGCUUAGAGAUAUUGCAAGAAAGAAAUUAGCUAUUAGUAAGAUACAGAAAUUUGGUAGGUAUGUAGUGUAAUCAAAAUAAGAGAGGAAGAUUAGGGAAAUUAAAAAUGUAUUUUAAAAAAUUAUUGAUGAUGCUUGGUAAAUGAUCUUAAUCAAAAAGGCUGUUAUGAUAUAAUCGAAUUUUAGAGGAAAUUAAGUUAGAAAAUCAAAUAAGAAGUAAGUUCAUCAAAUUAAGAAUGCAGGAAGGAAAAUUAAAAUGGAAGGUUCAGUUAUAAAGGUGUAAGCAGCAAUCAGAAGAUUUAUAGCAAGAAGUCAAUUUCGUAGAGCUCAUGAUGCUGCUUAUUUAUUGUAAGGAUAUUUCAGAAUGAAAUUACUUUCAACUAUGUUUCAAAGAAUGAGAGCAGCAGCAAGGUGUGUUUAGAAAUUUGCAAGGAAAUUUCUAGAGAAACAAAUGUCAGAUAAAAAGAAUUAUGAGUCAUUUGUACAACCUUGGGAAAAAAAUGUUUAAUAGUAAAAGCAUGAUGCUUCCAGUUUAUGGAUAUUAACAAAUGAAAACAAUGAAAAUGAGGAAAUUCAGCCAUUAUUAGAGACAUGUCUCAUUCAAUGGAGACCAAGAUUACCAAAGAUUGCUUUGUUCUCUGUGCCUAUUGAUAUUGAUAUACUUUCUGAUAUCUAUUAGUGUUACAAUCCAAAUUAUUCUUAUUCAAGAACAUUGCUUAAUAUUAUUAUUCAAUAAUUUAGAAAGGAUCAUCCUAUUUAAUCAUACUUCACUACAGAAGAGAGUACUUUAUGUGUCACUUUGGGUGGAACUGCCAUAUUUGAAUUUGGCAGUGGGUAAUUGAUUUUAAACAAGGAUACUUUUGACACUGUUGAAAAGAACAUCUUUCCAGAUUUCAUUCGAAUAAAAUCUAUUAGUUGUAGUGAUGAUUUCAUCUUAGUAACUACUGCAGAUGGUUCUUUAUUGUAAUAUGGUGAUUAAUAUAAAUAAAUAAAAUACAAACCACAUUAUGUUAAUAAGGAAUGCACUAUGUCAUCCAAAAAGUACAUAGUAAGUGAAAAUAAGGUAUUUUCAUUAACUAAUCUAAAUAUUCAUAUACCUAUCAAAUAGAAAGCUAGAAUGUUAUCAUGUGGAAAUCAAUUUAUUGUUACAUUGUGUGAGAGUGGGUAAUUGUAUUCAUGGGGAGAAAACUAUGAAGGAGAACUAGGAUUGGGAGAUCGACGAUAUAGACAUGAACCUUGUUUGAUUAACAUUGAAAAGGUGUUGUAGGUUUGCUGUGGUUUUAAGCAUGUCAUUGCAAAGACUAGAAGCAAAAUUUAUACUUGGGGAUGGGGUGAACGAGGGCAACUUGGUAAUUCUGAAUUAAAAAAUGAAAUUUUACCCAAACCAUUGAAUAUUACAGCAUUAUGGGUAUCAGCAGGAAGAACCACUUCCAGUAUUAUUACUAAUGAUCGUAUAAUCAUGUAAUGUGGUACUAAUUCAAAACUAAAUCACUCUGAAAAGUUUGAGCCUGUAUCAUUAAGUUACGCAUUAAAUUCAAUGAUUCCUAUUAGAAUAAUUUCUACUUGGUCAAAAACCAUAGAAAUAACUUAUGUUACUUUUGCUAAUACAAUCUCAUUGCCAGAGAAUUAAUUGCCUAAAUCUUUAAAAAUCUUAAAUCACUUAAAUUAGAUCUGGUCAGAAUGCAAUGACCCUCAUUCGAUUGAUCCCCCAUUUAAUUAAUCCAUAAGCAAUUAUUUAUAUGAAGCUUCUAUGAGAAAAUCAAAUCAAUUCAAUAAAUAAUAGAUUAAAAAUCAUUUCAAAUUGUAGAAAGAAAUGCUUUACAUUGAAGAUGAUAGAGAUUGGGCAAUGAGAAAGAAAAUUUUAGUGGAAGAGAUCAUCUCUCAUUAAAAAACUUUAACUAAAACUGAUAAACUAAAGGCUAUUAGAUAACGAUUCCUAAAUUUGAUGUCUAAACCUGAGGAUUAAUUGACAAAUAAUGAUAAAAACUUUAUUAAUUAAAUCUAGAACAACGAGAAAAUCUAAGCUUUACUAAAGAGUAUAGAAUAAUGA